CACUUGUAAGGAGGAGAGAAAUCGGCCCGCUUGGAGACACUCUGAAAUGAGGGAUUAGAGGCCAGGAUCCAAGGAGCAAGAACCACAGCCCGAAGGCAAGGGAGCAGGCCCCAACCACGCUACUGCUGAGAGGUCUGCCAUGGCCUCUCUUGGCCUCCAACUCGCGGGCUACAUCCUGGGCCUCCUGGGCCUGAUGGGCACCCUGGUGGCCAUGCUGCUUCCCAGCUGGAGAACGAGCUCCUACGUCGGUACCAGCAUCGUGACGGCGGUUGGCUUCUCCAAGGGCCUCUGGAUGGAGUGCGCGACACACAGCACGGGCAUCACCCAGUGCGACAUCUACAGCACACUCCUAGGCCUGCCUGCCGACAUCCAGGCCGCCCAGGCCAUGAUGGUGACAUCCAGUGCGGUCUCUUCGCUGGCCUGCAUUGUCUCUGUGGUGGGCCUGAGGUGCACAGUCUUCUGCCAGGACUCCCGCGCCAAGGACAGAUUGGCGGUGGUGGGCGGAGUCUUCUUCAUCCUCGGAGGCCUCCUGGGCUUCAUCCCGGUUGCCUGGAAUCUUCAUGGGACCCUGCGGGACUUCUACUCCCCGCUGGUACCUGACAGCAUGAAAUUUGAGAUCGGAGAGGCUCUUUACCUGGGCAUUAUUUCCUCCCUGUUCUCCCUGGUGGCUGGAAUCAUCCUCUGCUUUUCCUGCCCAUUCCAGGGAAAUCGCUCCAACUACUACGACUCCUACCAGACCCAGCCCCUCGCAACUAGGGGCUCCCCAAGGUCUGGUCAGCCGCCCAAAGUCAAGAGCGAGUUUAACUCCUACAGCCUGACAGGGUAUGUGUGAAGAACCAGGGGCCAGAGCCUGGGUGGGGGGCGGGGGCUGGGUCUGUGAAAACCAGUGGACAGCGCCCGCACCCCCAUCCCCCGGGGCCACAGGUGAGGGACAUGGUGCUGCUGAGGAAAGACUGACUUUGGCCGCUGGAUCAAGGGAAGGCCGAAACCGGAACGGGUGUGACGGCACGCAGGCUGGAUCGUCAGGAUGCUUGCCGAGCCAACCUUUCUGUUUCCUUCACCUUGCCCACGGCCCUGCCACCUCCCCCCAGCCCGAGUCCCCAGCCCUAACUCCAAACUCCACCCCUUAGCCUAGGCCAUGCCACAGAGGCUCCUCUCGGCCUUUCGGCCUUUCGCUUGACCCGCAGUCCGUCCCCAAACCCACGCAUUAAUUACCUCCCACUGACUAACCCUCUCUGUGAUCAAAGACCCUCCCUCUGGCUCACGCUGGCUCUUAGCUCAUUGCUGGGGUGGGGUGGGGGGAAGGAGGAGUGGUGGCUGUUAUGGGCACGGCUCUCACCAACCUCCCAAGCUUCUCUCCAAAGAAACUGCUCGGCCAGUAAUGGAGCCCAGAGCCUCCAUCCCGUUGUUGUUAUGACUCCACAGUGUUCGGACUGGUUUGUGCGUGGACUGAAAUAAAACCACCCCGCGGUACCGAGGGAACAGAGAACAACUGGGUGCAGGAUGAGAGCGAGGGAAGGCGGCCAAGGACCAAAAAAAGACCUGACUCACGGGCCCGGGGCAUUUCCUGGAAUUCCCUCCCACUGCGGCUUGGGGAUCUAGCCACCCCCGCUCCUGCUAGGGGAAAGCACAAAGAAAGAAGAUAGGGUGGGUAGCUCAAGGCAGCAGUGGAUGCUGAUUCCGCUGAGGAACUGCCUCAGGAGCUGCAGCCCCAACUUUCACUGAAGCCCCUGCCUCCCUCUGACCUGACCCCCUGCUAAGAAACAAGACUGCUGGUCCUACAAGGUGGUUUCCUUAGGGAGGGGAACCUGGCUUUUCUAGAGAUGGCUCUUGGCUGGGGGAUGACUGCAUGGGAGCCUUGGGGCUCCUUAGCGGAGACCACUCCUUGGUGUUGCCCGAGAAAGAAUAAGAACUAGGGUCUCUAAGAAGCUGGGUGGGCAUGUGAGGUGGCUCCAGUGGGUGUUUCUAUCGGGCAGAGAGAGGCGGCUUCCCCAGACGGUCUUCAGACCUAAUAGAAAAGCAGCCCGAAGCCUGCAAUCAGUCCCCCGGGGUCUCCCCACAGAGCACUACAGAACCUCUGAGAGACGACAGCAGCCCCCGGUGGGCCCCCUGUCACCCUUCAGAUGUGCCCUGCCAUCCUUCGCCAGACACCUCAGAGUUGCUAGAAGGCAUCUGAGGGCUUUGGCAUGGAACAAUAAUGCCCAAGGAGCUGUGGCCCCGAUCUGAGCGACAGCUGAGCCGCUGCCUGGAAGUUCAGUUGCGGGGUGGGGGGUGGGGGGACGGUGGAGAAUGUCUCCCAGGCAGAGAGUUCCAGCUCCAAGGUGUGGAAAUGCUCCAUUUCCCCG